AUGUUUGGAAAUGGUGGAAAUGCGUUCGGCGCUUUGGGAAUGGAAGACGAUCAACCCACUGCAGGACCCAGUACCCGACUUGACGAAGGUGAAGAAUCAGAUGUCGAUUGGUUAAAAUUGGUGAAAACAAAUCAUGAUAUCGACGUUAGGGUUUCAGACAGAAUUGAAUUAGAAGGAUUACCGACCGAAUGUAACUUGAUGGUCGUAUCGAAUAUAUGGGAUCUAUUGAUCGUUGGAAGCAAUAACGAUGUACGGAUACAUCGAUUAUCAAAAUUUCAUCAGAUCUUAGAAGGAGCUAUCAAGGAUGCUUCGCCCGUUUCUGAGCCUAUCCAGAAUAUCGAAUUGUCAGAUAGACCGGUAUGGAUAAAGCUGGCGAUGAAUGAAGAAAAGCUGGUAGUAGCUACUGCCAAUGGAGCUGGAUUUCAUCUUUUCAAAUUGCGAGAUGUAUUGAGUGGUAAUACGAACCCGUACCAUUCCUUCACCUCUGAUAUCCCUUCACAACUCCUUGAUGUCCUUCCCAAUCCAGCUCCCUCGAUAGCCGAUCAACAGGCUCGAUACGUCACAUUAUUAGCGAAGGAAGGAUUGGUUAUCGCAGAUAUAGAAGAUUGCAAAUUAUCAACACCCUUACCAGGACCGUUUUCAUGUGCGAGCUGGUCGGCUAGGGGAAAACAGAUUGUCGUUGGCAUACCUUCUGGCAAAUUAGUUCAAUAUACUCCUGAAGGUGUCGCUAAAGCUGAGAUCCCUUCUCCACCCGAUCUCGACGCGUACUAUCCCGUCUUCGUUCAAUGGUUAGAGAAUGACCUGUUCUUCGUGUCCUACGCUCUGGAAGGUGGUCAACCUGACGAUCCAGUGGAAACAUAUACUAUUUAUCGGAAUAAGGGUGAAUUCACUUUCACUAAAUUCUUUGAUCCUCUCAAUACUAUGGGUCUAAUGACAAGAGCAAGUACCUACCGACACUUCGCUGGGUUGAAGUCAUGGGGAGAAAGGACCAAACAUUUAGCUAUGAUCGUAUCUGGAGCAUCAUCAGAAAUAGGUCUAUUGCAUGGAAAUACUGUUGCAGAGAAAGAACCACCUAAAUGGGAAGUGUUGAUGUUGGAAGAAACUGCUAGAGGUGUUUUACCCGCUUCAAAAUCAGGUGUCAGGGAUGACGCCUCUGUCCUUGCCUUAGCGUUGGAUCUCACGUCCACAAAAAUCAUUCAGCAAGGAAUAGUUGGAGGAAUAGAAUUACCGGAUUUACCACCACAACCCAGAUUACUUGCAUACACUCAAGAGGGAAUCAUCAUUUCGUUUGACGUGAGAUACUCUGAUGCUGGUCCCUAUCCAGGUAUGAUCACCCCUCAAGACAUCACAAACGCUACAGCUAUCCCUUCGCAAGGUUUACAAGCAACCCCAUCUCAAACGGCCACUACACCCGCUACACCUUCAUUCAAUAACGCUACUUCGACCUCGUCUUCUGCCUCAAGUGGUCGUGCUUUCGGGUCUUCCGGAUUCGGUCAAUCACCUACACCUGCUUUCGCUUCAUCCUCCAAACCAGCCGCAUUUGGCGCUUCGGGAUUUGGUCAAUCUUCCACUCCCGCAUCAUCGCCUGCUCCUGCCACUCCAAGUGCAUUCGGCAGUACUAGUAAACCAGCUGCAUUUGGUGGCUUCGGGCAAUCAAGUACAUCUGCUGGAUUUGGUCAAUCUGCCUUUGGGCAACCCUCUAAGCCAUCUGCUUUUGGAGCUCCCCCCGCCCCGAGUGCAUUCGGAUCUAGCUCAACACCGACGUCCACCCCUGUGAAGGCUUCUGCUUUCGCAGCAACCUCCACCCCUACGUCAGCUUUCGGAUCAGCUUCCAAGCCCACCGCCUUUGGUGCGACUUCAACGCCCACAUCAUCUUUCGGCAAUACGUCUUCUCCAGCUUCAGGCUUUGGUCAAUCAGCGUUCGGACAAUCUUCAAGACCAGCUUCAAGUACUCCUAGUGCAUUUGCAUCAUCAUCUACCCCUUCUGCCCUCGGAACAUCCUCUUCAUCGUCAAAUACAACACCAGCCUUCAGCGGAUUCGGAACAGCGAACAAAUCAUCCACAGGGUUUGGUACAUCAGCCUUCGGCCAAACCGCAAAAUCAGCAGAAAAGAAAGACAGUGCCUCUUCACCGUUCGGUAGCGGUGGUUCUGCUUUUGGCUCGGCAAGCGCGUUUGGAAACUCAAGUGCGUUUGGAUCAUCUACUGCUUUUGGACAAAGUGCGUUUGGGCAAAAACCUCUCCAUACACCUACUGCACCCGUCGAAGCGUCAAACCCCGCCUUCACCGGCUUUGGAUCCAAGCCUGAUGGUCAGGAAAAGCCCUCAUCGGCAUUCUCGGGAUUUGGUCAAAAGCCAACAACAACUUUGUCACCCUCGAGUGAAGCUCCUAAAUCAGCAUUUGGAAGUUUCGGAUCCAAGCCUGCUCAGUCUUCAGCCUUUGGAGCCUUUGGGCAAUCCACUCCGUCUCCAAGUAUUGAGACCACUACCAACACGAAAGAGGAUGACUUUGGCUUAAGCGGAUUCGCUUCUGUUCUUGAAUCAACAACGAAACCAUCUGAAGUACCUGAUUCACCGCCUACCUCACCAGUCAUCGGAACAGUAAAACAACCAUCUGGCCUCGAGGAUGAGACGCCACCUAAUUCUCCACCCAUGAAGCCUUCCGCUUCGAAACCCGCCAAUGCUACUACGCCUUCGUCCUCGUUCAUUAAGCCAGCUACCGCUUUUGGCAGUGCACCGUCACAAGGCAGCUUUGGACAGGCUUCAAAACCAUCCGCACCUGCAUUUGGAGCAGGAUCCACCCCUGCAGCAUUAUCAACUCCUCCUGCUCCUUCGCCUUCAGCUUUUGGGGCAACGGGGUUUGGAAAACCUUCCACGAUAGGUGCAGCGUCAACAUCUGCCUUUGGAGUUAAUGCUUUUGGUCAAUCGUCCGUUCCUGCAGGGUUUGGUAAAACAACGAUUCCCGCUAGUUCAAAGCCGAUAGGCAGCAUCACAGGCGGAUUUGGCUCGUUUGGAGCUAUAUCAGAUGGCGGGGACAAGAAAUCAACUGGAUUCGGAGGUUUCGCAAGUACUGGCUCGUCCGUCUUUGGUGGAGACACUGAUAAAGAAAAGAAAUCUACUGGAUUUGGAGGGUUUGGAACGCAAGGCGCUUCUUCUACCUUUGCGAGUUCAGCAAGCAAGGAAAAGCAAAAAGAAAAGCCCUCAAGCGUCUUCAGUACUAUAGCAUCACCGUCAGUCUUCUCUUUCAAUCCUAAACCCACCGAGACACCGGCUGCAGCAGAAAAAUCAACUGCGCCAUCUACUCCAGAAGAGGAAACCAAAGGAUACGAUGUUCCCACUUCCGCAGCUGAAUCGAAAGAGGAAACGACUACUCCGACCGCUACUCCGAGUAAGAAUAAAGUUGAGGAGAAAACAUCCGUCUCGACCGGUUCAACGUCCACCCAGUCUGAUGCACUCAGUCAACCAACUCAGACUCCGGCAAAACCGACUACUCCCUUUGAAUGCACGACUCCGUCUGCUGAACCUACAGAGGUGACCCAACCGAUACCUUCCGGUGAUGGGCCUCACAAGGCUGCCACUGUAAAGCAAAGCAGUGAUCUUGCUCAGAAAACAGAUGUUGUGGCCGAACCCGAGAGCGCAGAUCAGGACGAUCAGGAAGAGCAGGAAGAGGAUGAACAGCAGGAUUACGAUGUAUCCAGGGAUGAAGAGGAGUACGAUGAAGAAGACUAUGAGGGCGAGUACGAAGGUGAAGAAGGCGAUGUGGAAGAAUACGAUGAUGACUAUGAUGACGAAGAGUAUGAAGUCGAAGAGGUGGAUGUGAAUCAAGGUCGAAGAAGAUCCACUUCCAUACCUCCUGACAUGUCACCAAUCAAAGAAGAAGUCUCUGAUGAACUCGCUUCUGAUGAGGGCGAUGAACAGCAAGAAAGCGAAAAUGGUUAUGAUUACGAAGAAGAAGACAGUCAAGCUGUCACAUCCAAAUCCCUCACCAAGUCUCCUCCCACAUGGUUCGCGAAACCUACUAAGGAUGACAAAGUAGACGCUGGACCUGUAUCACCGACUCCCACAUCAGAGGGCACGUCACUCUUCUCAAGACUUGGCCCUCCUCCACUCAUGUCUUCCUCUUCCACUUCUCAACAAGAGGCAGUUGCCGAUCAACCUGUUGCUCCAAUAUCCGUUCACGCUCAACCUAAACUACCUCAAUCAUUCUCAUUCAAACAUGCUACUAGAACAAGCUCACCACUUACCAAUCCACCAGAAAAUGCAUCGACAACUCCUGAAUCUUCUCCUGCCAAACCCCCAGCGAGUUCUGGAUUGUUCGGUGCUAAACCUGCUGAGCCAGCUAACGAAGAGGAAAAGAAAGUGUCGACCCUACCAUCACUCGGAUUAUUUGGUGCAAAGCCAACGCAACCAAACAGCCAAGAAGAGAAAAAGCCAGAUGUCGGUGCCUUCAACUUCUUUGGGACGUCCAAUAGCUUGAUAGGUCCUCCUCCUCUCGGAGCCAAUGGGUCAGAAGCGAAGCUUGCAGAUAUCAAAGCGGAUACAAAGCCACCUCCUGCUAUCGGCUUCAGCCUAUUUGGAGACAAGCCAUCGGAAAUCGCCAAGGGCUCAGCACCUUUGACUUCUGCUCCUGGAGCAGGGGGAUUUAGCUUGUUCGGUAACAAAUCAACCGAACCAAGCAAGACAGAUACUCCACCCUCUCUGUUUGGUGCUGCAAAAACGAUUCCACCUGUGGCAAUUGAAAACGCCAAACCGUCCUUUGGAUUAGGUCUAGGUAAACCAGGUCCAUUCGUUCCCACAUCUACAGUACCCACUCAAACCGAAAAGAAGCCUUCAUCUUCCGGUACCUCUACGCCCGCUGUCCCUCCUACUCAAGCUUCAAUACCUUCUGUUAAGCCAGCCCCUCCCGCCAAAUUCACUCUGCCUACUCGUGAAGUCAUACCUCGAUCUCCAGCUCCAAGCAGCAGUCAGACUAAAACACUUGCAGGUGUGAUUGAAAAGAUCAUCGUUUCAUUGAAUGAUGACAUUAAGCACCUCACAAAAGUACUCAACGCCAAUGCGAAAUAUCACCAGUCUUUCAAUAUCAAGGACUUGUCAGAGGUGACCGCCGUAAACCUCCCCGCAAAUGAGACCAUUGCAUUCUCUGCGAUUGGUCAGCUGACUGAUAUCGUGGAGGAUCUGACAAAAGAAUUGUCGGAUCGAAGAAAUAACGAUAAUGUGUCAGAGUUGAAAUUGGCAGAGUUACAAUCUCGCAUGCUGAAAACGGAUAUGAAAGUCGGUCAAGCCGAUAAAUUCCUUCGAGCAAGACAAGAUCCAUCAUUCGCAAAGGUCAUGCAAGUCAAAGAUCUUAGUCCUGAACAAGCUUCAAGUCAGUUGAAACUACGCAAAUCUGUUCAAAUUGCCGAAACAAAGAUUGAAGAGCUUGAUGCUUCUAUCGCUGGUUUAAGGAGACGAGCAGAAAGGCAAGAACAGGGUAGAAUCAAUUCUCAACAGCCUGCACUUGAGAGAGUUCAGCGAUCAGUACGAAAUAUCGAUGCUGCAAUUCGAGAUCGUCAACAGACCAUAGAUGAUCUCGCUCGACGAAUUGGAAGUAUCAGAUUAUCUUCGCCUAGUAGAGCAGGAUCACCGGGACCAUCUAUCUCCAGAUCGACGCCUAGGAAACCAAUGAUACCAUCUACAACUACGACCAAGGCUAUCAAUCUCGAACCUUCCAAAGAGGUUUUAGCGGAAGUAGAAGCUUCUCUAACGAACAACAGCAGUAAAAUAUCAAGUCGAAUUGAGAAAAUGAAAUUUGCCAAAUUGACAAAAAUGGAUAAUAGAGCAGAGAAACAAAAGCCUAUUUCACAUAAAGGCCCAGUACUGAUUGAUGCUUUACCUCUACCUGGUCAAUUACCACCUUUACCUCCAUCCGUUAACAAACCAUCCAAGAGUGUAGCCACCACUACUGCUGUUCCUACAAGCACAAAGGACACUCUUGGAGUAUUUCCGUCAACUCCUUCACUACCUACAGCAGGGAACACAUCAACACCAUCACCUUCUUUCGGAGGAAUCAAAUUCAAUUUAGAUCCAGGAAACAUCUCAGACUUGGCUAGAUCUUCGACGCACAGAGGUGGCGGUGCAGGAGGCGGAGGAGGAGGAGGUAGCACAAGGACCCAUACACCAGCAGCUAAAUUCAUACCUUCGUCCAACCCACCUAAUUCAGCUUCUCCAGCUGCGGGUGGGUUAUUCGAUUUCAAGAAUGAUAAUGCUAAGAAAGAUGAUGAGAAAGGUAAACCAUCAGGCUUCUUUAGCUUCAGUGGAUUUGGUCCAAAGUAA